GUGAGCAAUUCUAUACUGAAUAAUCUAGUAUUCAAAUCAAUCGUUUUCUAGGCCUAAGUUUUCUAUAAUAUUUUUCUUGUCCACGUUGUUGUAUCGGUGACUUCGGAAUUCCGGCACUUUCUUGAUCAAGCAUCGUUCUACCGAAAACAUUUGAAGUCAGUGGUGUUAUAAUUUGAUAUUUUCAAGGCUUCAUCAAAAUUGUAAGCCGUUUGUUUUACUUUUGUUUCAUCGGAAUAGUUGGUGGUUUAGUUUAUGCGGCUGCAGUUUAUUAGAACAAUCUUGAACGGCGGACUGGAAACGAAAAAACUGGACGACUUUCACUUACUCCCAGUAAAUGUUGCGCGACAUCCGGUGCAGCUUUAUACUUUUAUCUUGUUACAAUUGCUCACUGCAGCAGCUGAGAUUAAUUUAAGUAAAUCGCCAUAAAAACUGCAAGAUGUCCGGAUUGCUGCCUUUAAAUAUCUUUGUCACGCAUCCCGUCAGUGGAGAGCGAACGCAGUAUGCGCUGCAUGUGCCCUUGAAUUCCUCUGUGGCGGAGGUGGGACGUAUGGUCAGGCAGGCGGCGGGUUUCGACCGGAUGUUUGCGGCCGCUGCCGCGUCGAAACAGGAUUCGCCAGCAGCUGAAUACGGCUUAUUUCGUCACAGUCCGCCAGCAGAAAACAGGGAACACUGGUUGAAAGAUGAUGCCCCUAUCGAUAUUUACCACGUUACCGCAGAGGACGUUCUGGAAUACAGAAAACGCUGGGGCACACUAAAAGUGCGCUUACUGGAUCACACCGUGAAAACCUACAAACUCGACCUGAGCAAACCAAUCAAAGAACUGAUGCCAUACAUUUGCUCAAAAAUUGGAAUCACUAACAAUCAAGAAUAUGAUCUCACCAAGCAGACAACGAAUGUGUCCGAGAACCCGGAGGAUCAAGGACGGAAAUUCUCAUUCGAUCCCACUCAUCUCAACUAUGCUACAAUUGAGCGACAUCUUAAAGCGCGGGAUCAGCGAAAAAUGGUCAAACUCAAAGAAAAGCUUGCUACCGAUGACGAAAAUACCUGGUUGGAUCAUGGACUGACCUUUAUCGAUCAAGGCAUUGGUGAAGGGGAUAUUGUUCUCCUCAAGCGACGCUAUUUCUACUCGGACCAGACGGUAGAUGUAAAGGAUGCCGUGGAACACAAUCUUCUGUUUGUCCAGUGCCGAGAUGCCAUCGUAAACGGUACUCAUCCGAUUACUCUUGCGGAAGCCAUAGUUUUCGCCAGUCUCCAAGCCCAAGCAGAAUAUGGUGAUUUUAACGAUAGCAAACGGGCCGUCGAUAUCCGGCCGAUGCUGCCCAAAGCCUACGUCAAUCCGAAGAAAGUCGAUAAGAAAACCUUGGCGGACUAUCAAAAGCAGGCACAAGACAAGUGGAAAGAACAUCAGAAUCUUAACGAACUGGACGCCAAAAACAAAUACAUCAAGAUGGCGCGCUCAUUGAAAACAUACGGCGUGACCUUUUUUCUAGUCAAAGAGAAGAUGAAAGGCAAGAACAAGAUGGUGCCGCGGUUGUUUGGCGUCAGUCGGAACGCCGUGAUGCGGCUGGAUGAGCGGAGUAAGGAGAUUCUUGACACAUGGCCCAUGACUUGGAUUAAACGAUGGGCUGUGACCUCCAACACGUUCAGUCUGGAUUUUGGCGACUAUUCCGACGGCCGGUAUUCCAUGCAGACGCAAGAUGGGAAGACAAUAGCCCAGCUGAUUGCCGGCUAUAUUGAUCUCAUUCGGCAGCGAACAAAACCGGAUGACUAUGCCGGGAAAAACGCGAAGAUCUCCGAGAUUGGAGAAGAAAAUGUGGACCCACAACAAAAUAUCAAGCUUGUCACCAAUCAGUCAAACGUUUCAUUGGCGCAAAAGGCCUACACCGGUAACUUGGCCACGCCGGGCAUUUUAGGCGACACGAAAAUUGCGGAGCACAAAAUCAACUACUUAGCCGGUGCACAAGCAAAAAUUGCAAACCUUGUCAAGAGUUUUGCGGCGGUCGUUCGGACAUCUGUUGGAGAAAAUGGACAACAGCUGCCGAUGGCCAGCAUAUCUGCCAUGGAUGCUUAUGAAGAGAAGUUCGCGGAGCGAAUGGGACAAGUUGCAGCGUCGGUCGGACAGUUGGUGUAUUUGGCAGCUGACCCAGCUAAAAGCGCUGUGGCUGGAGAAAAAGUUCUGAGUUUAAUUGAUGAACUUGAAGAUCUCGCGGAUUCUCUUAAGAAAAUGUCGGCAAAUUAUAAGAAUACUCCUCAAGGAUCCAACCUGCUGACUUCGGCCGAAGGGUUCUGCCAGUCAUUCUCCGAUCUCUUGGAUGCCGUUGCCAACUGUGAGAAAGAAGGAAAAGGACAGCCGGAAGCCGGUAAACGACAAGCACUGUUGGCCGCGGCUUCUAAAACAGCCGAAAAGGGCAAACAUCUAACGGCGGCCGUGGAAGAUUUAGACGGGCGUCCACAUCUCCUGCGCUCAAUAUCCACAGAAAAAGACGCCGAACUGGACGAAGGCUUGACCGCACUGCUGCAGCAGAUGAGUGCCGCCACCGCAGACAUUGUCCGCAAGGCGAAAUUAAUUGCUGGUGAGACGAGCUCCGCAGCCAAUAAAAGUAGGAUACUCAGCGCGGCCGCCGACAUUCCGUUUCGGACAGCGGAAGUCAUGGUCUGCGCCAAGUUAGUGCGCAUGUGUCCAACGUUUCACGACGCUUCGGCCGCAAGCCGGCACAAUCUCAAAGAAGCCUUAGACGCUCUGGACCGUGCAUUGUGGGGUCUGGAUAAAACCGCGCACGGUGACCUGGGCGUGGCGCCUGUCAGUCUGCACUACGUGGACGAACUGUCCGACGGCGUGCGGUCAUUCUCCCAGCUGAUUGGUCGGAUUCAGCAGUCACUCCACGGAAUGGAUCAGACUGGCCAGAAGAAACGUACACAGGAUGUGGUGGAUAAUAUUGAGAAGCUGACGGGAGAAAUGACCAGCGCUGACUGCACCACAGACGAAGUGAUGCAGAAAGGUCACAUUUUAGUUAUGGCGGCCGGGGCACUGAUUGAGAAAUUGGAUAAUGAGCGUAGAAAUGUGCCGUCCGGGGAUGCGGUACGCCAGCAAUGGCUGGAUAAUGCCAUCAAUCAACUGAAAACUCUGAAUUCCCAGUUGUCGGAUAAUUUGGAGGAUUUUAAUCGGAAUCCAACGGACACUACAAAGAGACAAGCCAUUUUUAAUAAUGCACAAGAAAUGAUGCACCUGGUCAGUUCCCUGACGUCCCAUGACCGAAAAUACAAACUACUACGCCGUCUUAGCGAACUUCUGAGAAAAACCGCAUUUGCCUCUUCGAUGAUAGGAAAAAUAUCGAACAAGGAGAAAACUAACAAAAAGCAAAGUCCGGAAGCAAUCGAGCGCCUGUCUGUGACUUCGUCAAAACUUACUGAAAAAGCGCAGAAGUUAUGCGGCAACGUAGAGACCGUGUUAACCGGAACCUUAGGGUCGGAUAGUCUAGGUCCCUUGAAGGACAAUUUGGAAGCACUGAUAGCGCUGGAAGAAGACACACUGGAAAGCGGAAAAGGUGUCAUGUGGAAUAUCGAAGACCGGGAGACGGGUGAGAAAUUAAGCGUAUCGCUGAAAGAUCUAGAUGAACUUUUGGGAAAAACACUGGAUGCCCUGCUGGAAUUGGACACGUACGCCUCGGCAAAGGACACGGAAGCAUCAGCAUCCAACAGUAACCUGCUAUUCUUGAUUGACCAGUGGAUUCGCAACAUCGACAAAGACAUCAUCGCCAUUGAAGAGAACGACGGCAUUAUACCGCCGCCCGAAGAGUUCCACGUGGGACCGAAUGACGAGCACUACCAGACACCGAUGGAUCUGGCCAAACAAGCGGCGGCGUUCAUCAAAGACCGGUUGGGGGCGGAAGCAGCCGAGAAGGAUUUAGAUGGUCUAAUGCAACUGCUGCAGGAUCUUGUCAAAGCGAACACGGUGUUGAGAGAGGCCACGGAGGUAUCGCGGUCGGAUGAACAAGCGGCUGUGCUCAAUCAUCUUAAGACGAUUCUGGAAGCGGCCAAUCAGUACAUCACCGCUUUUAAAGACCAAUCAACCCGUGCCGAAGAAGGACAGAGUCUCCUCGAUAGCAUUGCGGAGUACGCAAAUUUGUUAGAUUCACAACGGUCCGGAAGAAUGAUCUUGCGGGAAACACUGCCGGUGAUUGACGAGACACUUGAAGAUUUGCAAGAGCAAGAAAGUCACAGCAUUACACAAUCACCAUCAGCCGAUGCAACGGCGCUGUUAAAAAAUCUACGCAGUCUACUAAAAUCUAUGUCUGAUAUAGUCCUCAAUGUGGAUCUGCGAGUGACAACCAACCAACAAGCUCUACGGGAAUUCGGGAAGAAAUUUUGUGGAUCAUAUAAAGAAGUGUGCUGUGUAUGGGCGCAACUGGCGCCUUCUGUUACCCACGUCGAUGAAACGGUUAAAAAAGAUGUGCAUGCCGCACUGGUACAAGUGGGCCACUCGUGCACGGAUGUGCUGAAAAAAGCGGCCAUGACGAAGGUAUCCGGACGGGAAGCGUUUCCCAAAGCGUGUCGCGCAGCGGCCGAGAAGAUCAACUAUGUACUGCAGCUGCUGCAUGUGUUGGAUUGUGGUACGCAGUCUCUUCAGCGCGCCCUUUCCACGAUUGACGAAAUGGAAGAAGAGCUAGAAACUUCGUUGACCUUUGUUAAAUUAGGGCACGUUCCCGAAGCCGACGGUCAAGACGCGGAACAGCAGCGUCCCAGCCAUCAAGAAUCCACAAACGAUGAUUUAGAACAAGAAUUUAUGCGCAGAGCACAGGCUUUGAUUGGAAGCUUGAAGAAACUAGGUGGAACCAAUGCGAAACAAAUGGUGCUGGCGGAAACCGUGGAUGCUUCUACUGCGCUGCUGACCGGAUAUGUUGAAUUCAUUAGAGAAACAACCAGCCGCAAAACGGCCACAAACCCGGAAGCACAGAUGAUACUGAUAAGGGCGCAGAAGAUGGCAGCUUCCGCUGUGGCGGAGUUGAUGCGCUGUCUGCAAAAAGGCGUUGGACGAGCGGAAAUGUCGCCGGCUGAACAGCAGGAGUAUGACAAUGAACUGCACAAUGCCAAGAUGCACGCGUCCAGCUGUAUCUUGCUGUUGGCGGAGCUGACAAGUGCAGUUAACCGCGGUAGCCAUUUGGUUGUGCUGCAGCUACUGGUUCAAUCGUCUCAAAACACCAUUAAAUCUCCGGUGUCUUCGAAUUCCGGUAAACAAAUUUCCGACGAAGAAGUUUACCACAAUUUGUUUACGGCAACUAAAGAAGUCAAACUUUUGGUGGACAAUGCUGAACUUGCCUUGAAAUUCAAGAAACCUCAGGAUAUUUUAGGAUUGGUUAAUUCCUACCAAAAUUCUAUUAGUCAAAUCACUGUUUUGUCCAGGGUUGCCGCCUCGUCGGGACAAGAUAUCAAUACGGCAAUUUCGCGGAACGCCGAUGACUGUGGCCAGAAAGUUACUUCGUACAUUUCCACCGUUUAUCUGUUUCUCAGCGGGAAUUCCGGAGCAGAAACUGGCUUGCUGGAAGCCAGAAAAGCCGAGCUUUUGCAUUCACUCAAUAUUUUAGAGAAAGCAGCUGCAUUCCGCUCACCCACCGGCACUCUACGGAAAACAUCUACACUGACCAUCACCAUCGACCAGGAAUUAUCCGGCGCUGCCGCCAACAUCGAACGCGCCACGAAACGCCUGGAGGAAAUCCAGAAUCGCAAGACAGUGUACAUUCCCAACAUCGACUCCGCCACCGACUCCGACACCGACGACUCGGACGCUGAGUUUGAGUACAUGGAACCCAAGGCGCAACCCGGCCUGAACGAAGCCGACGCCCAGAUUUUAGAUUUCUGCCGCAUGAUCAUGCGCGCCAGUGCGGCCUUAAUCCCGGCGGCCGGUUCCGCGCAGUCGGAAUUAAUCCGAUUGGGACUGGUCAGCGAGCGGGCCGGUCGUUAUUCACAGGAUGGACAGUGGUCGCAGGGUUUCAUCUCGGCCGCCAAAGCGGUGGGCUUGUCCUGUCAAACACUGUGCGAUGCCGCCAAUGCGCUCUUGUCGGGACAAGCAUCGGAGGAGAAGCUCAUCUCGGCGUCCAAGCAAGUGGCAGGUUUCACGGCGCAGCUGCUGUUGGCCUGCAAAGUCAAGGGUGACCCCAAUUCGCCAACCAUGAAACAGCUGUUAGCGGCUGGAGUAAAUGUGAAAAGGGCCACGGACAAUUUGGUGCAGUUUUUGUUGAAGAAGAGACGGGGUCUGCAGGCGAUUAAUGUUGCUCCGCAAGAAGUGGUUGUCAACAAAAAGUUAGUUGGCGGGAUUGCUCAAGAAAUAAAAGCCACGGAACAAGUGUCCAUCAAAAGAAAAGAAUUAGAAGAAGCUCAAAAGAUACUUUUACUUUCCCGAAAGUCGAAAGGUUCCCCGGCCGGCACUUUACCGCGCAAAAAUGCGGUUAUUGAUGAACUGGCAGCGCAGGAGGCAGUGCUAAUCAAAGAACGGGAAUUGGCGGAAGCUCAAGCCUAUUUGCAAACCUUACAAGAAGCCAAAUACGGCCAAGCUCAAACCAGCUGCGACGAAUUUCGUGGUUACGGCUAUUUGGACAGUACUUUGCCGAGGAAGAGUGUGCUACGCUGAAAUUAUGCCGUCAUCGACAAAAUUUAUUUACGCUGUUUUAGAGAAAAAGAGAAAUGCUUAAAAUUUGGAAUCAAACGUAGAAGAAUAUACGCAAACCAUGAUAAUAAUACACGCUUUCGUAGACUGCAGUCGUUGCAUCAUUCUUUUCUGUGAAAUACAAAGUGAAUACUUGGUCGUCGCUGAUCAGCUCUUAAAAUAUUUAUACUGCUGUACUAAUUAAAAAAAGACUAAAUGUUGCUCCUUAUAAUAUAAUGGUGGCCUAAUCUUAUUAUUAGGUAACAAAUAUAGCACUAAGCAUCGAAAUAUUUGAUUUAAUUUGUUAAUGUUGAAAAACUGCGCUCGCCCCUAGC